ACACGUCACUUGUGUUAUUGACCAUUCCCGUGAAACUUGUAACUAGCUGUCAGAAAUUUCAAUAAGUGACUUGGUUAGAGACGGCUGAAUUUUAACCUUGACUGGGUGAUAUAUCAGUAAGGUGGUCGUCGUCUACUUAUCUUAAAAAUAAUAUUUAAUGCAUCAGGGUUUUUCGAUUUGACAGGUUCCUGGCCGUGGCUCGGAUUAGCGGAGACUAGGCGAGUGUCGAGGAAAGUAGCUAGCUAGCUAGCUAACUAGAAAGCUUAGCAGUUCGCUACCUGCUUAGCUAACAUUGUAUAUAUUUAAUUUAGCUAACGUUAUCUAUUUAUCCAAGUUUUAUCUAGGCUUAUUUCUCAACAAUUGUACCUAGCUUGCUAAGUAAGUUUUAAGGGAUCGGCUAUGGCGGUUGUCAACGAAAGCGCACUUAAAAAGAUGCUCAAGCAAUACAAAUACCGCGACCUAACUGUUCGUGAGAUUACAAAUGUCAUCUUGCAAUACAAAGAUCUUAAACCUCUGAUGGAUGCUUAUGUGUUCAAUGAUGGAUCAUCAAGGGAGUUAAUGAGUUUAACAGGAACAGUGCCAGUAAGCUAUAGAGGAAAUGUGUAUAAUAUACCUGUUUGUCUAUGGCUGCUGGACACGUAUCCCUACAAUCCUCCCAUUUGUUUUGUGAAGCCUACCAGUGCGAUGAUGAUUAAGACUGGGAAACACAUUGACGCCAAUGGAAAGAUCUAUCUGCCCUAUCUGCAUGAAUGGAAGCAUCCUCAGUCUGACUUGUAUGGCCUGAUCCAGGUGAUGAUUGUUGUUUUUGGGGAGGAGCCUCCUGUGUUCUCCAGGCCCACCACUCAGCCCCCCUACCAGCCCUUUCAGGCCACCGGGCCCCCCACUCAGUCCUAUAUGCCUGGCAUGCCUGCUGUGUCUGCCUAUGGGCCAAACCCUAAUCCAUGUGGUUACCCAGGCUAUCCUUAUCCUGGAGGGACUACGUAUCCUGCCACAGGGGGGCCUGCACACUACCCUUCCCAGCCUCCAGUUACUACUGUUGGGCCAAGUCGGGACGGCACCAUAGGAGAGGACACCAUCCGAGCCUCUCUCAUCUCGGCAGUAAGCGAUAAGCUGCGCUGGAGGAUGAAGGAGGAGAUGGACCGGGCCCAGGCUGAGCUGGACGCCCUCAAACGCACCGAAGAGGACCUGAAGAAAGGCCAUCAAAAGUUGGAGGAAAUGGUCUCUCGCCUGGACCAGGAAGUGGCUGAAGUGGACAGGAAUAUUGAUCUCCUAAAAAAGAAAGAUGAAGAACUGACCGAGGCUCUGGAGAAAAUGGAAAAUCAGUCGGAGAACAACGACAUCGAUGAUGUCAUCGUCCCCACAGCUCCACUCUAUAGGCAGAUCCUGAACCUUUACGCAGAGGAGAAUGCCAUCGAGGACACCAUCUUCUACCUCGGAGAGGCACUGCGCAGAGGUGUCAUCGACCUUGAGGUCUUUCUCAAGCACGUGCGCCUGCUGUCCCGUAAGCAGUUUCAGUUGCGGGCACUCAUGCAAAAAGCCCGCAAAACGGCUGGACUCAGCGACCUCUGCUGAACCCGCUGCUACCUAAAAGCAUCUUUUGUCCUUUUCUUUUCUGUUUUCCUUUCUUGCUCCAUUUAUCACACAAAUCUGUCUUUUGGAGUUAUUCUCAGAAGUCCACCUUUUGCAGAUACCUUUUACUGUUCUUUCUCCUCAUUGUUUUCUCAUUCGGGAUUGUGAGGCACUGAAUUAUCUAUGUCGAUAUGUAUGUAAUAAAGUUCUGUUGUGGUGAACGAUACCCCGUUCAGCAGAUUGGGGUCAGGGCUAUGGUGUAAAUGUCUGUCUUUUCACGAAUGUAGGAAUAAUAUUAUGAAUCUAUGAACACGCUUCCCUGUCCUAGACCUUUCUCUCUGCAUCUGUUAUUUAUUUGUGGCAUUCAGACACUUCAUUUAUUAUGUUUUUUUUAUAUCAAACUAUGAUGGCAGAGGAUUGUAACUAUAAUGCCCCCCCCCCCAAGGUGGUCAUUUAGCCAGAAACUGUUGAAUGACUGUUCCACACUCAAUUAGGAAUAGCGAGGGAUUGUGUUGUGUGCUGUAUGGUUCUGUAUUUCAAAUGAUUUUACUUCUGAUUUGGGCCGUUUCUUCUGUCUCAGAGGUCGGCUUGCUGUAUUCUGGUUCAUGGCUGUUGCAAUGUUGCAAUGGCUGUUGCAAUGUUUCAACUAUAAAGUAUGUAGCUGUAUUUAAAGGUAUUUGGUUUUCACAUAUUUUAAAUGUUAAAAACUAAAAAGGCUACAACACGUUAGACCUUUUGCCUUCACUUGUGUAUGUGGUUUGCGUGGGCCUGUGUGAAUGCUCGUAUGUCCACUUAGUUUGAAUGGCGUUGGCUUUGGAAUGCUGGUUACUUUUUUAUUCUUUCUAAUAGGUUUCAUAGCAAUUAACAAUAAAAAAAAAAUUACUUUUGACAAAUUAUUUGUAAACAGGUUCAUAUGUUCAUAUUUUUUCCUUAAAUGCACUUUAGGUUGUUAACUAGAUUUUAUUAAUUUGUAAAUUCUUUUUAUUAGAAAGAUCUUCCAUGCAACUUUGUUUUCAGACCUGUAGGCAUUGAUAGCAGUAGCUCAAUAAAGCAGGUCUUUUAUACUCA